UCUAAGUUUUCAUCAACCCUGCGACAAGAUGAAUUUCGAGCUCUUGCCUCAAGACUGCAUCUCCCACAUCCUGUCCUGCACUUCGCCUCGGGAUGCGUGCCGAUCGGAGCUGGUCUCUACGACGGUUCGGCAUGCAGGGGACUCGGACUCGGUUUGGGAGAAAUUUCUGCCGUCUGAUUAUCAAGAAAUUCUAUCAAGAUUGGUGUCUCCAUUGGUGUUCGCUUCCAAGAAGGAGCUCUACUCCAAGCUUUGUAGCCCACUUCUCAUUGAUGAGGGUAGGAAGUCCUUUUCAAUAUCAAAAACAAUGGGCAAAAAAGGCUACAUGUUGAGUGCAAGGAACCUUUCGAUUACGUGGUCAAGCAAUGCUCUUUAUUGGUCAUGGAAACCUCUACUCCAAUCGAGAUUUGCAGAAAUUGUCGAAUUAAGAACCAUUUGUUGGCUAGAAAUUCAAGGCAAAAUAAGCACGUGCAUGCUUUCUCCAAAAACUACUUAUCGGGCUUACCUCAUUGUAAAAUUUGCUGAUCGUGCUUAUGGACUAGACGCCCUCCCUUCGGAGGUCUCGGUUGUUGUUGGUAAGCAUCAAUCACAGGGAAUAGCUUACUUGCGUCGUCCUGAAAGCAACAGAGCGACUCUGGAACGUGUUUGCUUUUUGAAUCGAAUUGAAGCGUUGCGAUCGAAGGUUUCGAAGGGAGAAGAGCGCGUUCCUUACGAACGGGAAGAUGGAUGGUUCGAGGUUGAAUUAGGAGAGUUCUACAAUGAUGGGGGUGAUGAGGAGGUGAAGAUGAGCCUAAGGGAGGUGAAGGGAGUGCAUCUUAAGGGUGGGCUUAUUGUUGAGGGGAUUGAGAUUAGGCCCAAAGAUUAGGCCAUUCUUUUGUUGAGAGGAUUGAGAAUAGGCCCAAUCUUUCUUUUGUUGUGAAUUACGGUUUUUGGCAAUAAGGAUUGGGCCUUUGUAUUCGAAAGGUAAAUUUUUAGCAAUAAAAAAUAGGAAAAAAAAUCAAAAUUAUAUAUA